AUGACCGCGGCUGUGCUGUGGACGCAAGUGAGCCGGCUCAAACGGCCGGCGAUGAUAGAGAUGAGGGCGAGCGGACGGGUAAUCUCGACUUGGGGACCUUGGGCCUUAAUCUUUACAGACAGUGUACAUAUCCACCCGAACAUUGAAUCUUCAGAUCUCGGCAGCAUCAUUGACACCAUUGAAAACUGUAAAAAGACCCCCGUUCAUCAGCGAGCGCCGUAUGGAGAUUCCUUGGUCGUGUGUGCCUUCAGUGGCUCCCACCAAGAAGCCAUCAAGAAGGGCUUCUCUGCGGCGUGCCUUGGCCGCGAGCUGCUGGCCAAGGAGAUUACCGACCUCUUCGAGGAGACGUACUUCCUCACGGAAAACCCGCGCUUCAGCAUUGUCGACUAUAGCGUUACUACUGACCGAUCCAGAUCACCGGCCCCUGUGGCCCCUAGCAAGAUUCCGGUUACAAAGCAUCUCAUGCGUGUGUUUAACGGCGUCAUCUCCUUUGACGGCAAGAAACUCAAGCUCCAGAGUCGCAGCAACGGUCCUAUUUCCGGUCUCGCCAAUGCCACCAGGAUGUGGUACAGAGCUCACUGA